CCUAGUUUACACAUUCCCCCACAGAGUUCAUCGAUUCGAUCCUCGACAUCAGAGAUGCACUGCGAGAUCUCAACAUUGGUUUGUGGAUGGUCAACGAUGCUUGCAUUCCUGAUCUAGUAACACCUGAAGAUGCGGUUGCUAUGGAGAUAUCAACCAUGUCUGGAGAACCCCUCCCUACUGUUCCGAUCACAAGUACUGAGGAUGUAGCGACCUAUAUCUUUACUUCUGGAACUACAGGAAUGCCCAAACCAGUGAACAUACCUCACUAUAAAGCAACAGGGGGAGGUGUGUUCUGUUGUAUCCACGUUGGAGUAACACCAUCAGACGUGUACUACAUAGCACUGCCGAUGUACCAUUCAUCUGCACUUCUUAUCGCAGUUGCUGGAAGUCUUUUCUCGGGAGCCACCAUAGCUAUCGCCAAGAACUUUUCGGCGUCGCGUUUCUGGGAUGACGUCAGAAGGUUUCGAGUUUCUAUUUUCCAAUACAUCGGCGAGGUAUGCAGAUACCUCCUGGCGCAACCGAAGAAAGAAAACGACGGCCAGUACCCUCGUCCGGUGAAAGCGGUCGGUAACGGAUUGAGACCCGAUGUUUGGAGAGAGUUCAAGGAGAGGUUCAAGAUAGCUCCAAUACUGGAGUUCUAUGCUGCCACUGAGAGCAACUUCAGUUUCUUCAACUCUGAUGAUCAUGUUGGAAGUGUUGGCAGAUAUUCACGGAUUGUAAGGAAAAUUUUGGAUAGAGUGGAGAUAGUUGACUGUGAUUACGAAACUGGAAAACCGAAACGGAAUUCUAAUGGCAUGUGUGUCCGUCUUCCACCCGGUUCAUCAGGUUUGAUGCUGUUUCAGAUCACGGACAAAUCAGCUUUCGUCGGUUAUCAUGGCGCCGAGGAGAUGACCAACAAGAAGAUUGUCCGGGACGUCAAGAGAGAGGGAGACGCUUAUUUCAACACUGGUGAUCUCCUUAAGAUCGACGUCGACAACUACGUCUAUUUCAUUGACCGUCUCGGGGAUACAUUCAGAUGGAAAGGAGAAAAUAUAUCAACAAUGGAAGUUUCUCAAGUUCUGGGCCUAUUUCCUGCUAUCCUCGAAGCCAAUGUCUAUGGUGUACCUGUCAAGGGUCACGAUGGACGGGCAGGGAUGGCAUCCAUUGUUCUACAUAAAGGAGCUACCUUAGAUUUCUCAGCUCUCUAUCAGCACAUCACCUCAUCUCUCCCAGACUACGCCCGGCCGAAGUUUCUCCGACUUCUUAAUGAGAUGGACCUAACUAGUACAUUCAAACACAAGAAGACUGAAUUGAUGAAGAGGGGAUUCGCCCCCGAUGGAUACGGAGAAGUUUACAUCAUUGACCCGUCAAAGAAGACAUAUGAACCAAUUGACCAUGACCACAUCAAGGUGUUAACAGGAGGCCAUUCAAAGUUGUAAUGGUAAUUAGCACUUCAAGUAUCACGAAAAUAUAGAGAGACCUCAAUAUUGUCUCCUCUUGGAGGUUACAAACUUGUUACGAAUUAAUUGAAUUGUUUGAGAGUAGAGUUUUUUAACAGAUCCUUCGUCACCUUUCUCGAUAAAACUUUAUUGCGCAAUCCUGAAGACUAUGGAUUUGGAAGAGCGCACUCAUGUUAAAAUCAUAUGAUCACUAUUAAUUGCACACGUGGGCGUAAUAUGCUCUAAUCGGUCCCUCUUUUAACGGUCACUGAUAAAUGGUUUAAAUAAAAGGAAAUAUUAUAACAGUUAAUGCUUGAUCCCUGAAAAGCAUUUGAUACGCUAGAUCAUUGGACCCUUGUGGCUCAGUGGAUUCGUCUCCGGGUUUUGGAAGAAAGGGUCAUGGGUUCGAAUCCCAGCCAUGACGUAUAAUUCUACUCAGAAAGGAAUUA